GGGAGCGUCUCCCACACGCUCAUUCCUUAGGCCGGGUCAGGCCGAGGCGCUGCUGCCGGAGUCAGGGAUCCGAGACGUGGCUCCGGGCGGAGGAACCAUGUUGGAUUUUGCCAUCUUCGCCGUUACCUUCUUACUGGCAUUGGUGGGAGCGGUGCUCUACCUCUACCCGGCUUCCAGACAAGCUUCAGGAAUUCCGGGGAUUACUCCAACUGAAGAAAAAGAUGGUAAUCUUCCAGAUAUUGUGAACAGUGGAAGUUUACACGAGUUCCUGGUUAAUUUGCAUGAGAAAUAUGGGCCUGUGGUCUCCUUCUGGUUUGGCAGGCGCCUUGUGGUUAGUUUGGGCACUGUUGAUGUACUGAAGCAGCAUAUCAACCCCAAUAAGACAUCGGACCCUUUUGAAACCAUGCUAAAGUCAUUAUUAAGAUACCAAUCUGGUGGUGGGAUUGUGAGUGAAAACCACACAAGGAAAAAAUUGUAUGAAAAUGGUGUGACUAAUACUCUGCAGAGUAAUUUUGCUCUUCUGCUCAAGCUUUCAGAAGAAUUAUUAGAUAAAUGGCUCUCCUACCCAGAGUCCCAGCAUAUACCUCUUUGCCAGCAUAUGCUUGGUUUUGCUAUGAAGUCUGUUACACAGAUGGUAAUGGGUAAUGCAUUUGAAGAUGACCAGGAAGUCAUUCGCUUCCAGAAGAAUCAUGGCACAGUUUGGUCUGAGAUUGGGAAAGGCUUUCUAGAUGGAUCACUUGAUAAAAGUACAACUCGGAAAAGACAAUAUGAAGAUGCCCUUAUGGAACUGGAAUCUACUUUAAAGAAAAUCAUAAAAGAACGAAAAGGAAGGAACUUCAGUCAACAUAUUUUCAUUGACUCGUUAGUACAGGGGAACCUCAAUGACCAACAGAUCCUAGAGGACAGCAUGAUAUUUUCUCUGGCCAGUUGCAUAAUAACUGCAAAAUUGUGCACCUGGGCAAUCUGUUUUUUAACCACCUCUGAAGAAGUGCAGAAAAACCUGUAUCAAGAGAUAGACCAAGUUUUUGGGAAGGGUCCUGUUACUCCAGAGAAAAUUGAUCAGCUCAGGUAUUGUCGGCAGGUGCUUUGUGAAACUGUUCGAACUGCCAAACUGACACCAGUUUCUGCCAGGCUUCAAGAUAUUGAAGGAAAGGUUGACAAAUUUAUUAUUCCUAGAGAGACCCUUGUCCUUUAUGCCCUCGGUGUGGUACUUCAGGAUCCCAGUACUUGGCCAUCACCGUAUAAGUUUGAUCCAGACCGGUUUGAUGAUGAAUCAAUAAUGAAAACUUUCUCCUUGCUUGGAUUCUCAGGCACGCAGGAAUGCCCAGAGUUGAGGUUUGCAUAUAUGGUGACCACAGUACUUCUGAGUGUAUUGGUGAGGAGACUACACCUACUUUCUGUAGCGGGACAAGUUAUUGAAACUAAGUAUGAACUGGUAACAUCAUCAAAGGAAGAAGCUUGGAUCACUGUCUCAAAGAGAUAUUAAAAUUUUAUACAUUUAAUUUUGUUGAAAAGGACCAUUUAGAAAAUUUGCAUUGAAUCCUUUUAUUAACUAUAUAUCAUUGUGCGAUAUAAGCACCUAUUAGUACUUUAAGUAAAUUUGAUUUUUUGUAUAUCAGAUUUUUUUGAUGCAUGAUACAUAUUUAUAUUUACUGCAUCAAAAUAAUGAUAAUGGGAAGCUUUCUACUUUUUUGUCUUAUCACUUUCUAUACCAUUAUUUUUGUAUUUUUUUAUCUUGGUUUUCUCUAAAAUUAAUAUUCCUGAAGAGAGAAAUUAUUUUGCACAAUUUGGGGAAUCAUGGUUUCUGAAUAACUAUAAAAGAGAAACAUAAUCCUAUUCCUUUUCAUACUUACAAUAAAUCACCUUAAAGGGAAAAUAAAGGACUUCCCAUCAUUUUAUUUUUUGGAUUCAUGUUUUUAUUUUCUGAGUAUAAGUUAGUUUGUGUUUAGUCAUUGUUAUUAGGUUUGAAUAAUUCAUUGGGUAACCUAUCUUGUAUUUGCUAUUUUGAUGCCUCCCUGGACUGUGGUAGUCAUUUCAUGACUUAUAAGGCUCAUUUUGAAAUGUUCGGAUCAUUUUGAAAAUAAUACAGUUGUUUUUUAAUGUGUUUUAAAGUGUUUCUCCUAAGUGACAAACUAAGAUUGAGGCUUGUCUGUCCUUCUCUUUUGCUGGAAAUCUUAUUGGCACUAAAUUAUUCCACUAAUUCUCUAGUUGUGGAAACAACAGAAUUGUUAUAUUUAUUAUUAUGUCACAUACUGAAUAAUGAAUUCAUGAUUAAGAAGUGAGAGAGCACUAGCCAAAACCAAAUUGAAAAGAAAACAAAGAUGGGUGAAAAUAAUUGCCAAAUAUAUGAUGGAAAGAGAUAAUAACCAUAUUAUUUAUAAACAGCUCAUACAAAUUGUUAAGAAAACAUACAGUUAGUAAAUGGACAAAGGACAUGAAUAAACAGCUUUUACAGGAAGAAAUAGCUAAUAAGCUUUUAGAAAAAUAGUCUCACUAGUAAGCAAAGAAAUAUUGGGGCUAUUUCAAAAAUAUUUUAAGUAUCUUUCAAAAUUUACACAUUUAGUACUGGUAAGUUUUACAUUUAGCACUUUUUUAUUGAUAGUGUUGUAUUUUAGUCCCCCUUUUUUUGCUUACAUCGUUCCUAAAGAAUUGUUUUUUUUAAAUACAUUUUUAAAAACAACAACUGAAGGAAAUAUGCCAAGUACAGAUAGAGAGGAAAGGAAGAAAAAUGAUAAAUGUUUGCAAGUGAGCUGAUCUUUGACAUUGCUGAAUUUCACUUGUAAACUUAGUGUCAAGAAUGCACCCUAGUUAUUGAGUUAUUUUAUGCUGUUUAUAGUUAAAUAGCUCACAUUUUAGACCUAGUUAAACGUGGUUAACAAUAGAAUCUAAUUAGAAGCAGCCUUUAUUUCUGACAAAAAUAUUUAACUUACGGGUAAUUUAAAUUCUAAAACUUUAAGUCCAAUGUAUUCUUAGUUCCUAGCAUCAUGUUGUUUCUUAAAAGGUAUGUUUCAAAAUAAAUUGUUUCCCACCCACCUAUCAUUUUCUAUGUUUUUGUGUAUGUAGCACAUCUUUUUUUGUUACCUUAAUUGUUACCUUAAUUUUGUUACUUUAAUUGGUUUGGAAACUGGCAGUUGUAGGCAAGAGUAGGCAAUUCAUAUGUAAACCAAAUGUUGGUAAAAUCAGAAGAGAUAAGUGGAAUUUUAAAGUAAGUGAGACUUGAUCAGCAGUGGUCAAGCAAAAACAGAGCAGCUGAGCCAGAAUCAGGGAGCUGGCAUAUUGCCAAUAAAUGAGGCACUGUGUAAUUAAUGAUUGGAAUCAAGGAAAAUAGAGGGUAGAAAAAUCAGCUAAUAAGCACAUUUUAUCCAUAGUCACAUGACUAUCAAAAUAUUUAAAAAAUCAUCUUCAAGAGGAUUUAAAAAUAUAUUGUUACUCAUGUAUAAAAUACGUUAUCCAUUCACUGUUGUUCUUACUUGGCCCUUUGUGUUUAUCAAAUGACUGAAAGUUUAGUAGCGUCGGUGUCACUGAUGGCUUGUAGCAUGAUUCUAGCAGGACUCAUAAGUUUGGUAGCUUUUUGGUUUUUAAAAAAUUAUUUCUUCACUGAUUUCCAUCUGCAUUCUUUUUGAUAGUUCAGAAGUUUGUUGUUAAAAACAGCAGUACACAUUUUUAUGGAAUAAAAGGGCUCCUCCACACUUUGCGCUAAUAAAAUUCAAGGCAGAAUUAAUACUGUGCAUGUGUUUGGGAAAAAUGAAAAACUCACAUUCUGUUUACCUGCAGUUUCAUUUUUUUACAUAACUAGAUUCUAUCUUAUUUAUAGACCCUAUGUCAAAAUUUGUUGUCUUUAUCUAUAUAAAUAUAUAGUUUACAUUUUAAAACAAAAUAUUCUAGUUUUGUUAUGAAAAUUAUAUAAGUUUAUUGUAGAAAAAUCUAGGAAAUAUAGAAACACAAAAAUAGCAAACUCGGUCACUGAUAGUCCCACUACUUUUUGAAAAACAGUUUUAAGCUUCUGAGGUAAAUACUUCUACUCUCUUUUAUCCGCAUUUAAUUUUACAGACAUAUAUAAUGUUCUCUUCAUUUUGUAUAUUAUGAACAGUAGCAUUUUCUACAACUGGAACAUUAGUAUUCUUCUCACUUAGAAUGUAAGCACAGAUUUUUGGCAUUCUUACUUUUCUUUCUUUCCCUUUUCCAAUAUUCUUGUUUUGCUUUUCAACUUUAAAAAUGUCCUUACUUCUCCAUUCAUUCUAUCAAAAACCAUUAUAUAUUUGUACAUCUAAAUUACUAAAGUCAUAGAACAAUAUAGGCAUUAUGGUGAGCAUUUAAGAAAUAAAUUAUUCCACUGUCCUAAGAAAAAUAUCCAGUAUAAUUAAGUCCAAACUGAGAUGACAUUUCAACUUUAAGAGGAAAUCUUAAAAAUCUUUGUUGUUGUUUUCAGACUCUGAGGCAAACAGAUUAAGAUUCUUCCCUGAAGACAUCUUAAUUUUUAUCUCCAGAUCCAUAAAAUCAUUGUUAACCUAUAUAAUGUAGCUUUUUUCACAUGUGAUUUUGUUGACAGAUUGAAAAACACAAUUCUACCGAGAGGGUGUAAAACUGAGGACAAUGAUCAAUAGCAUUAAGGACUUGUUUAUAAUAGUAGCUGUGAGAAGAUAGCUGUGAGAGAAAUGGACACUAUUUUCAGGGCAGGUUUUUAUAAUGUCAACAAAUUGAUACCAGUGACUUUAUUUUUCUUCUUAGCCAGUCCUGUGCCUGUUUCCUAAGUUACUAAGACCAAUGAUUAAGGUAGAAGGGGAGGAUUUGGGCUGGGAGGGGACUGGGGGUAUGACAACAAAGCAGUUACUGUUACUACAGGAGUCAGAGGAAAUCAGCACAGCCAAAAAGCCUUAAUACAGUGUUGCUUUGGACCUUUGUGAGUGACCUGCACUGAUAAAAAGGAGUGAGACUGAAUCUUGCAGUAAUAGUGAAGCUGAAAGUAGAACAGGGGACUGGAAGAGGCAUUUGUUACAAACCAAAUACUUUAUAUACCUAUCUCAUUUAGUCUUUAGAGCAUAACAGUAGAUUCAGUGACAAACUAAAAUAGUUUUUCAGUCUUGCUAGAAGAAAUACUGUAAAUGAAGAUAGGUGAACUAGCUAAGAAAUAGUAAGUAAAAGAUCUAAAACUUCAAAUUAUUUUAAUAUCUUCAGUGGGGUUUAUUGGUGUAUUUUGUUCUUCUGUAAAAGGGAAUCAAGCAAUAGUUUCAAAUGAUGCACUAGUCAUAAUAGCUAAAGAAAAUGAUUAUAAGAGUACUGUAACAACAGUAUUAGAAGAAACCUUAAAAAAGAAAUCAAUGCUACCAACACAGUCACUUUUGUACAACCGCUUAAACUUUUUCCUGUUUAUAUAUACAUAUAUAUUUUUAGUUACUGUUAUUAUAACAAUAUGGUUUAGUUUUUAAUUAAUGAACUUUAAACAUUUUCCUUUGUUAGUUAAUUUUUGUAAGGGCCUUAGGGAAUAUUCUUUUUUUGGGGAAUGGACAUUUAAAAUAGAUACCAAUUUAAUGUUUGAUUUGUAGAAUUUUAUAAUAAUAAAUGGAUAUGAAUUAAUAGAUAAUUUUAAAAUUAGAGUUGGGAGCCAUUUUGUAAAACAUCCAGGAAAUAAACAAAAGUCAGGAAAUGCCAUUCAUUUUUCUUGUUCCACUACCUAUUUAGUUUAUUGUUUGGUGGCUAUCUUUCUAGAGAAUGGGAAUGGAUCUUGUGAUAUAGCACGUGAUAAAAUGCCAUGAGCGGAUAAGUCACAAAUAUCCUGUUGAGUAAUUAAAAACAACACACACACACACACACACACACACACACACACACACUCACACUUAUUAUCUAAAAUACUUGCAAAUUCUUGUUUUAAUAUUUAACACAUGAUAGUAAGGACUGAAACUGUGCUACCUUACUAUUGUAACUGUAUUAUAGAUAAAAUUGUAAAGUGCCUGUCUCCAAAAAGGCAAUCAAUAAAUAUUUUUGAAUAAAUGAA